UGCGUUCGAGUACUGUUCAGGAAUGCGACAAGGCGAGGCAAUGACCACCACCAUUACAAAAUGGCUCAUAAACAGUGGAAGACAUGGAUGAGAAUCGCUCUCCUACCGAUCGUCAUACUAACCACGACCAUCGCAGACUUCACCACAGAAUGCCAAAGACCGUGCGACUGUCGAUGGCAGUCGGGCAAUAAAGCUGCAAUUUGCUCAAACUCCAGCCUUAAAGUAAUCCCGGCUAACUUAAGCAGCGACAUCCAAAUACUAGAUCUGUCAAACAAUAAUUUACAACAAUUGCAUCAAGAAGGAUUUAAAAAAGUAGGCCUAAGUAAUCUCAAAAAGUUGUUUCUAAAAGAGUGUAACUUAGAAGUUGUUCAUAGAUCGGCAUUCGCAACAUUAGCUAUAAUGAUAGAACUCGAUUUGUCCAAGAAUAGGAUACAAUAUCUCCACCCAGACACGUUCAAAGGCACAGAGAAACUAAGAUUAAUAAACUUAAGCAACAACUUCAUCGAUAAGUUGGAAGACGGUAUAUUUCGCAACUUGAAGUUCCUUCAGAAAGUAGAGGUUAGUAAUAACAGGAUUUUGCGGAUUGGCACUAAAGCAUUUGUAAACUUGCCUCAGUUAAAGAUACUGAGAUUUGACGGUAACAAAUUAAGUCACAUGAAGCCCGAAACUUUGAUGGCGUUGAGAAAUUUGUCAGGAUUAGAUUUGCACAAUAAUCCGUGGCGAUGCGACUGCAACCUGCAGCCAUUUAGAGAUUGGGUGAUCAGUCACAACUUAUAUACCCCACCUACUGCCUGUGCGGAGCCGUCAUCCGUGCGAGAGAAACUUUGGAAUGAAUUAGAUUCAUCGAACUUCGCUUGUCGGCCUACUAUAUUGGAACCGCUGCCGGAUUCAACAAUCAGAAGUUACGAUGUAAACGUAACUUUGACUUGUAAAGUUGUAGGUAAUCCUACUCCCGAAGUGGUUUGGCGGUUCAAUGGAAAAACUAUAGACAUGAGAUCAUUUGGCGAGAUAAGAUACAUUGUUUCCGAGAAUACUAUGGAUUUGAUACGAUGGGUUAAUUUGACGAUUGUUAAUGCUAGAUACAAUGAUAGAGGAAAUUACACGUGUGUUUCUGAAAAUCCUGGUGGUCGGGAUGAGAAAACUGUCAUGCUCAUAUUGUCUAAGUAUGGAGGGGUUGGUUCCAUAAUUGGAUUAGAUGCAGACUCCUUUGCAAUAUUAGUUGGUUGUUUGUUAGCGAUUAUUAUAAUUUGUGCCGCUGCGGUAGCAAUCUGUUACUUUACUACUCAGAAUAAUGAAAUUAAAAGACUGAUUAAAACUGAUACACGUUCUUCUAAUGGUGAGGCCUUAAUAGAGGGCUCUGUAGCUUCCGAAGGAGAUAAAACUUUAAUAAAGUCGGAAGUAAACCCUGUAACAAAGCCUCCGAGAAAAUACGAGGCACCGCCGUCCCUUACUAGUGAAGCUACGGAAAUGUCCGAGUUGAACAAGACUCUCUUGGACAAUGACUCUGUUAACGCAUCCAACGAAGAUAACAGUCGUCACCAAGAAGUAGAGCUCUCUAAAGCAUCUAAUGAAGCUUUACUUAUGAACCGUUUGAUUCAAGAUCACCAAGCAUACCCACCAGACCUUCUUUCGUUUCCUUUAAGAGGAGGAACUCAAAUCUCACCAGCCAGCGGCACGUCAUCUGGACAAGAGAGACUAAAUCAAACUAAUUCUGAUAGUCCAAUUAAAUCCCCAGUGUACGGAGUUACAACAAUCAAUCCAACUUUAUAUAGCAGAUUACAAAAUUCAAACCUACAAAGUUCUGCACCACUCAUGAGCCCCAAAAGUGGAUACGUCACUUUACCCAGAAGACCAAGGCAUAGCCAAGACAAUAUACGUCCUCAAAUAUUUUCAACGCUUAAUGGGGUUAUCCCCUAUUACGACAACUUCAAUAUGAAGCUAUUUGGCCAUGGUGGUAAUUAUUAUAGUCUUAAUAAAAGCGAAAUGGACUUAGGUCCAAUUAGUAAAAUGAGUUCUAGUUUACAUGACUCGGAAGAGAUUGAACCUGCCCCAUCACCUGCACCUGGAACACCGCAUGCAACGAUACCAAGAAACAGUCUUAGUUCCCCAAACAUCCAUAAUCAGUUGCUAACUUUGCAAGCUAUGUCCAUAAAUGCAUCUCAGGGGAGAAUCAUGAAAGCGUCGGAGCAACGGCCUCUUAAAGUCAUGCUAUCCGAAAAUGAAGGAGCCAUUAAAAAUCCCAUUCGAGACUUGUGGAUGGGUUACAGUGUAAAUGUAGUUAGUGGUACAAUAGGUAGGACAAAAACUGGUCCCAAACCUCCACCGAAACCAAGAAAGAGAAACUCUUGUGAAGUGAAGGAACCAUUCCUUUUGAACUCUGCUGAUAAUGCUACCCAAGUGUAAAUUAGUAUAAAAGUAUUUAUAACUAUAAUUUAUAGUUGUGUUGGAUUUUAAAGUAUAAAGUUAUCUUUAUUUUGAUAGAAGAUAUGCAAAGACGACAAAUUUUUGUCUAUUUCAUGAUUUGGAAAAGAUUGAAAGAUAUUUUCGAAUAGAUUUUAACAUUUUAUAGUAGAAAGUAUGCCAUGUUUUUAGUUUUAGAAUAUCUGAUAUCUAGUUUGUUUUCUAGUUCAGAUCUUAAUAUACUUGUAAUACAUAUUAAAUGAUAUGGUUUAAAUAA